GGCAUAUAAUUCCGGUGUUAUAUUUAAUAAUCAUUUAAUUUUUUUACUAUCAUUUAAUCUGAUAUCUAUAAUUGAUGCUUUUGAACAAAAAUGCAGAGAAACCCGUGGAAGCUAGAACAGCAACUACAAUUUCUAGUGCUCCUGCAGAUAAAGGGGCUAGUUCAGAAAAGCAGAGGGUUGCAAGGACUGUCAUAAUUGGGAGUCUUCUUGAUGCUGAUUUGGCAGAAGAGGUUCAUAAACAAGCCAAGGAGAUUGGCUCUAUUUGUUCUGUAACGUAUCAUCUUCCUAAAGAAGAUCUUGACCAGCAUGGUCUUGUUCAAGAUGGAUGCAAAAUGGAUGCUUCAGCUAUACUUUAUACUAGUGUUAAGUCAGCACAUGCUUCAGUUGCAAUGAUGCACCGAAAACAGAUAAAAAGGGGAAUUGUCUGUUCUAGUUGA